AGUAGUUAUUGACCGACUAUAUCUUAGAUAGACCACCUCCCUUCCCAAUACAGACAGCAAUUAAGUUCUAGUUCUAGUUCUAGUUCUAGAGAGAGAAAGAGUAAAGUUCUAGAGAGAGAAAGAGGGGAGAUGGAAGAUCAGCGGCACUUUAGAGAUCAAUUUAUUGCAAGUCCUUUGAUGUGCUCAUUCGAGACAACUCCAGAGAGGGCUUCUUCUCUCUCUGAACCAGUCAGUUUACUGCAUAGCCCCUCUUCAGAUGGCUCUACCAGUUUCGGAACAAGUAAAAUUAAAGAUCCCAAGAACAAGUUUGGGAGGAAAGCUAACAGCUUUGCAUACAGAAUUCGCGAGCACGUGAGAUUGGGGCCUAAAUUUUCCGAAACUGUGAAGGGGAAGUUGAGUUUGGGGGCCAAAAUUAUUCAGAAAGGUGGGAGGGAAAACAUAUUCAGGCAGAUAUUUAGUGUGAGUGAUGGAGAGAAGCUGUUGAAGGCUUCUCAAUGCUAUUUAUCGACAACAGCCGGUCCCAUUGCCGGGAUCCUCUUUAUCUCUACCCAAAAGGUUGCCUUCUGCAGUGAACGAUCCAUCUCCUUCCGCUCCCCUACCGGAGACUUCAUCAGAACACCGUACAAGGUUCUGAUUCCAACAAGGAAGAUUAAGAGAGCCAGCGAAAGUGAGAAUGUGCACAAGCCGGCGCAGAAGUAUAUUGAAAUAGUUACGGAGGAUGAUUUCGAAUUUUGGUUUAUGGGAUUUGUGCGGUAUGAGAAAGCUUUUGUAAAUCUUCAGAAGGCCAUUUCCAUGUCCAAUUAAGUUCUACCGGACAUCUUUUGUAGGUGGGAAGAGAGAGAGAUCUUCUCAAUAGCUCUGAACUUUGUACAAAUUUGGUUAGAUUGUAUUAGUAGCUUAGGCAUGUUUGGUAUGCUUUUUGUUUUGUUUUUGCGAUUUUGUUUUAACCAAAAACAAAAUAAGGUUUUUGUUGUAUGGUGUUUUGAAUAGUAUUUAGAAGCAUGUUUGGUAAUAUCUAUUUGUUGUAAAAAUUUUGGAAGCAAAAAUAAAAAAGUGUUAGCAAGUUUAAAAUGUCA